AAAUGGCUGUUGGAAAAAAUAAAAGACUUUCAAAAGGAAAAAAGGGAAUUAAAAAGAAAAUAAUUGAUCCUUUUACACGAAAAGAUUGGUAUGAUCUUAAGGCACCGUCUAUUUUUGAAGUCAGAGAUAUUGGGAAAACAUUAGUUAAUCGAACAACGGGUCUUAAAAAUGCAAAUGAUUCAUUAAAAGGACGAGUAAUUGAAGUUUCAUUAGCAGAUUUACAAAAAGAUGAAGAACAUGCCUUUAGAAAAAUUAAAUUGCAAAUUGCUGAGGUUCAAGGAAAAAAUUGUUUGACGAACUUUUAUGGAAUGUUAAUGACGUCGGAUAAGCUUCGAUCACUUGUUAGAAGAUGGCAAACGUUGAUUGAAGCACACCAAGAUGUUAAAACAACGGAUGGAUAUGUGUUACGCUUAUUUGUGAUUGGAUUUACAAAGCGCCGAGCUAAUCAGAUUAAAAAAACAACAUACGCACAGAGUUCUCAGAUCCGACAAAUUCGAAAAAAAAUGUUUGAAGUUAUUCAAAGAGAAGCAUCAUCGUGUUCAUUGAAAGAACUUGUCCAAAAAUUUAUUCCGGAAGUUAUUGGCCGAGAAAUUACUAAAUCUACUCAAGGGAUUUUUCCGCUUCAAAAUGUAUUUAUUCGAAAGGUUAAAAUUCUUAAAGCUCCUCGUGUUGAAAUAUCACGUCUUUUGGAGCUACAUGGAGAAUCAGUUGAAGACACGGGUUUAAAAGUAUCAAAGGAUUUUAAAGAACCAGAAAUUUUAGAUUCAGUUUGAUAGUAAAAAAAUGGA